AUGUCUUCUAGAUCAUCGCUUCAUUCAUUACCACCAACAACAAAGAUUGAUUCACCUCCUGAUUCACCUACAGUUUCUUCAAUCCCAGAUAGUCAUGGAUCUUCACCUCACACGAUUAUCCCAUCUCCUUCCGUAGCUUCUUCGGUUCCGAUGAAGAACGAGACUCCUUUUAGGGUUUCUAACGGAGAUUUCGUUGAUCAGAAAGUGAGCGAGUCUAGGAGACAGUUGAGGCCGAGCUUCUCUAUUACUACUCGUGAAUCGAAAUGGGGAAAUUUGGUUAGGAAAUCUUUGCUUGGAUUUAGGGUUUCUGCGUUUUUGUCAUGUCUCGUUUCUUUCUCUGUUAUGGUUGCUGAUAGAGAUAAAGGAUGGGCUCGUGAUUCUUUCUACAAAUACAAAGAGUUCAGGUUCUGUUUGGCUGCGAAUUUGAUUGGUUUUGUGUACUCAGCUUUUAUGAUAUGUGAUCUCGUUUAUCUAUUAUCAACUAGCAUCCGAAGAUCACGACAUAACCUGCGACAUUUCUUGGAAUUUGGUCUUGAUCAAAUGAUAGCGUAUCUUCUUGCAUCGGCUUCAACUUCAGCUUCGAUCCGUGUAGACGAUUGGCUAUCAAAUUGGGGAGCAGACAAGUUCCCAGACUUAGCUAGAGCAUCUGUCUCACUCUCUUUCGUAUCAUUUGUCUCAUUCGCCUUUUGUUCCUUGGCUUCCGGUUAUGCACUAUGUUCACUCCGGUCCAUCUAA